UUUUUUAAUAAUUGCUUGGAAAUGAACAACGAGAGAAAGUUUUCUCCACUCAUUCUCCCACUUCCUCACUCAUUCAUUCUUGCUUGAACCUUAAUCAAUCCACAACUUCAUUCACUAAUCUUUCUAUCUCUCUCUCUCUCUAUACCCAGUACUGAAAGUUCUUGGGGAGCUCAUUUGGUUCGAAAAUGAAAAUGGGUUUACUGAUUUGGGUCUUUUCAGCUCUUACAGCUACAACCCUUCUGAGCUGCUGUGUUCUUGCCCUCUCUCAAGAUGGCUACACAUUGUUGGAAAUAAAAGAUGAUUUGAACGACAGUCGAGGCUUUCUCAAAAACUGGAGAGCUUCUGAUACCAACCCUUGCAACUGGACUGGCAUCUCUUGUCAUUUCCAUGACCUACGAGUUCGUUCCAUAGAUCUUCCUUAUAUGCAACUUAAAGGGAUCAUACCUCCAGGCAUUGGGAAGCUCAAGAGAUUGCAGAGACUGGGACUUCAUCAAAACAGCUUACAUGGAAUAAUUCCCACUGAAAUUACCCAAUGCACUGACCUUAGAGCGCUGUACUUGAGGGCUAAUUACCUACAAGGAAACAUACCGCCUGAGCUUGGAAACCUUUCUCAUCUUACCAUAUUGGAUCUGUCUAGCAAUUCACUGAGGGGAUCAAUACCUUCCUUUAUCGGCAAUCUUAGACGGUUAAACUUUCUGAACUUAUCCACUAAUUUCUUUUCUGGUGAAAUUCCAAACAUUGGAGUGCUCAACGCUUUUGGGAAUGAGUCAACAUGUUUGCACAGGUUUACUGGAAAUUUAGAUUUGUGCGGCCAGCAAAUACAAAAGCCAUGUCGGAGUUUCUUGGGAUUCCCAGCUGUGCUACCACAUGAAGAAGGUGAGCCACAAGUUACUGCAGUCCCUACUAAACGAUCUUCUCAUUACAUGAGUGGAAUUCUGAUUGGUGCAAUGUCCACAAUGGGUCUUGUGCUUAUUGUGCUUCUCAUUUUCCUCUGGAUUUGUUUACCAUCAAAGAAAGAAAGAGCUGCCAAGGAAUAUAAAGAAGUGAAGAAGCAAGUUGAUCAAGAUUCAAGCACCAAGCUUGUCACAUUCCAUGGCAAUCUUCCUUAUCCUUCAUUUGAAAUCAUAGAAAAGGUUGAGUCACUUGGUGAAGAGGAUGUGGUAGGAUCAGGGGGAUUUGGCACCGUAUACAAGAUGGUUAUGAACAAUUGUAGUACAUUUGCUGUUAAAAGAAUUGAUCUCAGUCGUGAAGUAUCUGAUCAAGUUUUUGAGAGGGAGCUCGAGAUCAUGGGUACCAUCAAGCAUAUUAAUCUUGUAAAUCUACGAGGUUACUGCAGACUCCCCACUGCCAAACUUCUCAUUUAUGAUUACUUGGCCUUGGGCAGCUUAGAUCACCUCCUCCAUGAGCAUAAUGGACAGCCCCUGAACUGGAAUAUUCGCUUAAGAAUAGCCCUUGGUUCAGCUAGGGGAUUGGCAUACUUACACCAUGAUUGCUGCCCACCGAUCGUGCACCGUGACAUUAAAUCCAGCAAUAUUCUACUUGACCAGAAUCUCGAACCUCAUGUUUCUGACUUUGGUCUUGCCAAGCUCUUGGUGGAUGAGGACGCUCAUGUUACUACUGUGGUUGCUGGAACUUUUGGUUAUUUGGCACCAGAAUACCUGAAUAGUGGACAAGUCACUCAGAAAUCAGAUGUGUACAGCUUUGGAGUUCUCUUGUUAGAGCUUGUCACUGGGAAGAGGCCUACUGAUCAAUCUUUUGUCAAGAAGGGCUUGAAUGUCGUUGGCUGGAUAAAUACAUUGGUUAGAGAAAAACGUUUAACCGACAUAGUGGAUAGAAGGUGUAUCGAUGCAGACAUAGAGACAGUACAAGUGGUCCUUGAUAUUGCCACUAAGUGUACUGAUGCAAAUCCAGAUGAACGCCCUUCGAUGAAACAGGUCUUGCAGAUGCUAGAGGAAGAGAUCAUGUCACCUUGCCCUAGUGAGUUCUAUGAGUCACAUUCAGACUGCUAUUAGUGGUAAUAGGAUAACUGUUUUUGGAUUGAGGAUGUUGUUUCAUUCAUUUUUUGAAGGUUGUUGUGCCUCUGUCUCUGGGGCUUUGUAUAGUUUACUACAUAAUUU